GAGAUUGAACCCGGAGUCAGUACAAACGCCGUCGUUCAGCAGCCCCCCAUCAUGUCCCUGACCCCUCGAUCGCUGGCUCGCUUCAAGGGAACAGGCAGCCGAGCCAUGAGCUCUGGGUCGACCCAGCGCGUCUUCCAGCUCAAAGUCGACCCACUCACCGGCAACUCAGAAUGGGUCGUCAUCGACGAACAAGACCAAGAAGGACAAAUGCCAGAAUAUCCCCAAAAACCCCUCUUGGCUACGACGUCGUAUUUAGACAUGCUCAAUGACUCUCCAAGAAACACAGCCUUCCGCCAAGCCAUCGACAAGACGGUGUCGAAACCUUGUCACGUCCUCGAUAUCGGUGCGGGAACUGGGCUGCUAUCGAUGAUGGCAGCACGGGCAAUGGGCUCCGGGGACUCAACGACACGUCGUGGAACUGAGGGGAUCGUAACGGCAUGUGAGUCGUACCUGCCAAUGGUGAAGUUGAUGCGCAAAGUUCUGUGCCUAAAUGGCAUGGGAAGCAAGAUAAAGGUUAUCAACAAUCGCUCCGAUGAACUCAAAGUAGGCGUGGAUAUCCCUUCGCCCGCAGAUAUUCUAGUUAGUGAGAUACUAGACUCUGAAUUACUGGGUGAGGGGCUAAUACCAACUCUACAACAUGCUCAUGACACGCUGUUGGUGCAAAAUCCACAAACGGUCCCAUAUCGAGCAACUACUUAUGGUCAGCUGGUUGAAAGCUCAUUUUUGUGGAAGCUGCAUGAUUUACGAAAUAAUGAAGCUGAAGCAUGUGAUGGCAUCCAUCUUAUUCCAAGUGGGUUGGAUGGUAUUUUACAUGCCAACCCCCAGCAAUAUGCCAUGCAUUGUGAUGCAAUAAAAGAAGAAAUAAAGCUGCUGUCAGAACCCUUCAAAAUUUUUGAAUUUGAUUUUUGGAAACGGCCAGACAGUCAUCGAGAAACUGAGCUGCACAUAAAGGCAACUAAUGAUGGAAGAGUUAACGCUAUAGUUUCAUGGUGGAGACUUCAGCUUGACUGUGAAGGGAACUUCUUUUAUUCUACUGCCCCUGCAUGGAUAAACUCAACCAAAGACUCAGGUGCCAGGCAUUGGUGUGACCACUGGAAACAGUGUGUUUGGUUUGUUCCAGGCCAAGGUACAUCCAUUUCCAAGGACGAAGAGGUUCAUUUGCACGCUGUUCAUACUGAAACUAGCAUCUCUUAUAAUCUUAAGACCCAAGCCCCAAGAAUUGAGGUUAUGCAGGAUAGCCUCGACACUGGGGAUUCGCAGCUCAUACUAUCGCCAGAAAGAAUAGCAAUUUAUGGAGACAGUGAAUGGAGGGAUUCCAUGUUGAAAUCCAUGAGAAAUGCUUUGCAGGAAAGAGUUAACUCACUAUGUGUUGUUGCGGAUGAUAGUCUUUUCUUAACUCUUCUCGUUGCACAUCUUUCAAGAACAUCACAUGUAAUAUCAUUGUUUCCGGGGCUGCGAGACAAGGGUGCCCAAUAUUUGCAAGCUGUUGCAGAUGCAAAUGGUUUUUCAAUGGAUCGUGUAGAAGUUCUUGAAAAGAGGAAAACACAUUUGACUAUGCAUGAUACGCAUCAGAAAAAGGUUGAUCUGUUGAUUGGAGAACCAUUCUAUUAUGGAAAUGAUGGCAUGCUUCCUUGGCAGAACCUGCGGUUUUGGAAGGAAAGGACCGUACUUGAUCCUGUUCUCUCAGAAGAUGUACUAAUAAUGCCUUGUAAAGGAAUACUGAAGGCUUGUGCAAUGUCUCUCCCUGAUCUCUGGAGCAGUCGGCGUUGCUUGAGUAAGAUUGAAGGUUUCGACCAUUCGAUUGUAAAUACUACAUUAGGGGCAUGUGGUGAAUUGCCUGCACCAGAAGAAGGUCCCUGUUUGCCUUUUUAUAUCUGGCAGUGUGGGGAAAUUAAGGAACUCAGUGAGAUAUUUACAAUCAUGGAGUUUGAUUUUUCAAAACCAAUAAGACCAUGUUAUGGAAAAGCCCAGGUUGAUUUUAUAGAGCCUGGGAUUUGCCAUGGCUUUGCAUUAUGGAUUGAUUGGGUGAUGGAUUCAGAGAAUUCCAUUGUGUUAUCUACAGGGCCAGAUAAGAGAUAUUGGAAGCAAGGAGUAAAGCUUCUAGGGCAACCUGUUGCAGUUGGGGUCCAUGAAUCAAGAAAUAUGGGUGAAUAUCUUUCUACUGUGAUUGAAGCAUCUUUUGACGCAUCCAAUGGUGAACUCAUCAUCGGACACAACUUCCUAUGAUAUCUCUGCAUUUUUGUUUUGGCACUCAGGCAGUUACAUAAUGGUCAUUUUCUCUUAAAAAUUGUAACAAAUUAAUAGAUCAAUGCCGAAAUCUUUAUUGUGGCUUUCUCUC